AUGUCACAGAAACCUCCUCCCCCACUACCCAACAAGCCAAAACACCUCACCAACACUGCUUCUAAUGCUUCCUUCACAAAUGCGUCCUCAGUCGUGCGAACCCAAAAGCGGGGUCUUGGAUGGCCUUGGGACUAUCCUGCUGAACGCUUCGCCCUCUACGAACCCGCCAUCGCCGCCAACAAAGUCGCCUGGCUCUUCAACUGGGAGCUGUGGUCGCCCGCCGGCCUGCCAAAAACCAUAGAAUGGGUACCUUGUGUCCGCACCGCCGCUAAUGCCAAAGAUGUGGUCCCCUUCCUCACCGACAUCGUCGACAACAAGCACCAGCGCGUCACCGCCCUGCUGGGCUUCAACGAGCCCGAGAUCCCGGACCAGGCGAACCUCAGCGUGGAAGACGCGCUGCGGCUGUGGCGGGAGGUGUGUCUACCGGCCCGCCAGAGGUGGGGUCUGAGGCUGGGGAGCCCUGGCAUGUCAAGCGAUCUGGGGAGGUCGGGGCCGUGGCUGGAUAGGUUCCUGGGCCAGUUGGAGGAGGGCGAGAAGCCGGAUUUCGUUGUUGUGCAUUGGUAUGGACGGCGCUGGACGGAUAUGCGGUGGUUUCUGGAGGAAUGUCGGCGGAGAUGGGGGCAUGCGUUGUGGGUCAAUGAAUUUGCUUGCAGUGCUAUGGCGGAUGGAGAGACGACGGAGGCUGAGGUAAAGGAUUUUAUGACAGAGGCGGUGAGGUGGCUGGAGGAGUGUGAGUUUGUCGAGAGGUAUGCGUACUUUGGCAACGGUCAAGGGGGGACUGUAGGAAGUUGGGUUGGACCAAGGAACGAUUUCUGUGAAGAUAUGGAUGGAGGGAGGAGGUUAACGACCGUGGGCAAACUUUACAGUGACCUGUGA